AUGGCAACAGCUGGCUCCUUUUGUACCGAUGAUGCGGAAGCAGCGUCCAAUAUCGUCUCGGCCAGUGAAGAUUUGAGUAGUCCAAUGCGAAAAGAACGGGCUGGUGCUGCUCCAGGACAACAGGAAUCCAGCAAUGAGCAACAUGAAGUGACCAUCCAG